UCCCUCAGCCGCCCGCGCUCCCGACCCGGCGCCUCAGGAGGGAGCGGCCAGUGGGCCCGCAUCCUGUCCGCGGGGUUCGAGGCCGGGCUGCGGCGGCCACCGCCCUCUGGUACCUGGGCCACCGCGAGGAGCACCGGCCGGCGCACGGCGGGCCGACUGGCCCCGGAGAGCUGACACCCGCGGGACUCGAAGGCGGAGGCGCUCGUCCGGAGGUCGCCGGGAGGCGGGAGGAGGCCGAGGGGACCAUGUCCGGGAGGAACCGCCACCUCUCCACCACCGAACGCGUCAUCAAAGCUGUUCCCUUUCCUCCAACCCAACGGCUUACUUUGAAAGAAGUAUUUGAGAAUGGGAAGCCUAAAAUUGAUGUUUUGAAAAACCAUUUGGUGAAGGAAGGGCGACUGGAAGAGGAAGUAGCAUUAAAGAUAAUCAAUGAUGGGGCUGCCAUCCUGAGACAAGAGAAGACCAUGAUAGAAGUAGAGGCUCCAAUCACGGUGUGUGGUGACAUUCAUGGACAAUUCUUUGACCUGAUGAAGUUGUUUGAAGUUGGGGGAUCACCUAGUAACACGCGCUACCUCUUUCUGGGUGACUAUGUGGACAGAGGCUAUUUCAGUAUAGAGUGUGUGCUGUUUUUGUGGAGUUUAAAGAUUAAUCAUCCCAAAACAGUAUUUCUGCUUCGAGGAAAUCAUGAAUGUAGGCAUCUUACAGAAUAUUUUACCUUCAAACAAGAAUGUCGAAUUAAAUAUUCUGAAGAGGUAUAUGAUGCAUGUAUGGAGACAUUUGACUGUCUUCCUCUUGCUGCCCUCUUAAACCAGCAGUUUCUGUGUGUACAUGGAGGGAUGUCACCUGAAAUUACUAGUUUAGAUGACAUUAAGAAAUUAGACAGGUUUAAAGAACCUCCAGCCUUUGGGCCAGUGUGUGACCUGCUUUGGUCCGAUCCUUCAGAGGAUUAUGGCAAUGAAAAGACUUUGGAGCACUAUACCCACAACACUGUCCGAGGGUGCUCUUAUUUUUACAGUUACCCUGCAGUUUGUGAAUUUUUGCAGAACAAUAAUUUGUUAUCAAUAAUCAGAGCCCAUGAAGCCCAGGAUGCUGGGUAUCGAAUGUACAGGAAGAGCCAAACGACAGGCUUCCCAUCACUCAUUACAAUUUUCUCUGCCCCCAAUUACCUAGAUGUCUAUAAUAAUAAAGCUGCUGUGUUAAAAUAUGAAAACAAUGUCAUGAAUAUCAGGCAGUUUAACUGUUCUCCACACCCCUACUGGCUUCCAAACUUUAUGGAUGUUUUCACUUGGUCUUUGCCUUUUGUUGGGGAAAAAGUCACAGAGAUGCUGGUCAACAUUCUCAACAUCUGUUCUGACGAUGAAUUGAUCUCCGAUGAUGAAAUUGAAGAUCACUACAUUUCCAGCUAUCGGAAAGGAGGCACUACAGUUCGAAAGGAGAUCAUCAAGAAUAAAAUCAGAGCUAUUGGGAAGAUGGCACGGGUCUUUUCAAUUCUGCGAGAAGAGAGUGAGAGUGUGCUGACUCUUAAGGGCCUGACUCCUACAGGGACACUCCCUCUAGGUGUCCUCUCAGGAGGAAAGCAGACUAUUGAGACAGCCACAGUAGAAGCGGUAGAGGCCCGGGAAGCCAUCAGAGGGUUUUCGCUUCAGCACAGGAUCCGGAGUUUUGAAGAAGCCCGAGGCCUGGACCGAAUUAAUGAACGGAUGCCACCCCGAAAAGACAGCCAGUACCCUGAUGGGCCAGUGAAAUUGGUGGCUGCUGCACAACCCAAUGCUGCGCAUAGGAGCGACAGGGGGAGAAGAGCCAAUAAUGACACAGAGCCCUGCUGUGGCACAGGAACUGAUCUGAUUGUCUGAUACAUAUGUGAAGUUUUGUGCUACAAAGGAACUACAACUACAAAGUUUUGUGCUUCCCCUAAUAAAAGGGCCUUGGAAACCUCCACCCUGGGUUUCUGACUUGAACUAGCCAGCCUUUUCUCUUGUUCUUUUGGAAGGUGAUAUCUUUCAUUUCAGACUAAUAAGACUUUUUCAAACACAAGAAGGUGUUUUUCUUUUCCCUUUCUACGGGGUGCCAUUGAAAAGAUUGUUCAGAUUUCAGUGGCUAAAACUUCUCUUCUUAUGGAAAACUUGAUUAGAGUAGAACUUCUAAGUGAAUAACCCAAAUCCAGUGAUUUGAAGGCCAAGGAGAAUGUUUUCCAUAUAACCUACUUUCUUUUGGACUUUCAGUUCUUUUAAUAUGUUCUAGUAAAACAAAAUAAAAAGCAAUGAGGGAUUUUCUUAGAAUUACUCAAAAUUUCUUCUUCCAACCAUGGCAUAAUUGGUUUAAACUUCCCUUAGAACUUGGGAGUUUUCUUAACUGUUCCCAAAUCCUUUUGCUUUGAUUUUUGAAGCCCAGGUGAUUUACCCAACUGCAAAGGAAGCUACGUAUCUAAAUACUUUAUAAAUGCCCUCUAUAGAACUUUUGACAGUAAGAGGUAUUUAUGUCUUUCUGUGCAAUUGCAUCAGCUGUUGUAUCUGUUCUCCCCAUUGUCCUUCUAUUUUUCUAUGUCAGCAUUUCAAAACUGACUAGAGUAAAAUGAUCCUCUUGAUCCCCUUAUGAAUUUGAAGUCUUUCUAAAGGGCAUUGGAUGAUGAGGAUUUCCUAUUUUCUGUAUCAAUUACUGGGAUGUUUCUCCAUCUUUAAACACUCAUUAGGUUGAACUGUAUGUCAGUCUCCAUUAGCAUAUUUUGGAAUACAAAAAGUAUUCAGACACAGUGUUUGAAUAGCCUUCUCUUACUUUUUCAAGUAACAACCAGUGAGGCAAAGAAAUUUUGGUGAUCCUUGGGCUCCCAUUUUUGGUUUAGUCUGGUCACAAGUGCCAUGUCAUAAUUCUCACUGGUCAGCUUUGCAGUGAAUGUGCAUGUCUGGGCAAUACUACACCAAAGUGAUUAUUAACAAAAUUCUUAGUAUCAUUUGGGAUGUAGGAGUCCAGCAUUGAAGCAAGUAUCUCAGACGGUAAUACUUAAUGUUGUAAGCUUUAAGGACACCAGAAACCUUUCUCAAAAAACAAAAAAAAAAAACAAAAAACAAAAAAUCCACACCAUUUCACUAAAAUAAUGAGGAUUUAGCCCAUCUAUCUCUGUUUUCCUAUACCUUUUGCUAUCAGUUCCCAAUUUAUGACAGAGAUCAAAGCAUUUUAGGGCUUGGAAUCUGGUGACAUGUAUUGCUCUUUCAAUAAUAAAAAGAUAGGAAGGAGAUGGAGGAAGGAGAUAGAAGACCUCUUACUGGCUUAUGAGUAAAACCUGUGAAAGGAGGGAGAUAAAGCCAUGAGUAGUUAUCUUUUACUGAUCAUCAUUUAUUUAUACUCAAAGAGGGAAUUCAUCACCUGAAUAGCCUCAUGCUCCUCCCUCCCCCAGUCCCACUAUAGAAAGGACCACUGUUUUGGAAAUCUCACCUAAUAUGAAGGUCAGUCCACAUGACAGAUUUGAUGGAUGGGAGUCCCCAUCCCUUUCUCCUUUUCUCCUAUCUGAGGCUGUUAUACAUACAUAACCUGCAGGUAGAAACCACUCUUAAGGGCUUCAAUCAGCAGGCAAGUACACUGAAAUAGUUAUUGAAAAUCUCUAUAAGCAAAAAAAUACUGUUCUAGUAAAAAGGAUAGUUAUUUAGGAAUGUCUUCAUAUCUUCUCAAAAACAACUUAUACAGUAAAGCAAGUCUUCUUGACAGAGGCAUGGCAAAAGACCUAUAAAUACAGAGAACAAACUGAGGGUUGCCAGCAGGAGGGAGGGGAGUGAGGGACGGGCAGAAUGGGUGAAGGCAAGAGGGAGAUACAGUCCUCCAGUUAUGAAGUACAUAAGUCAUGGGAACAAAGGCACAGGAUAAGGAGUACAGUCAAUGAUACCAUAAUAACAAUGUAACAGGCCAAGAUGGUAGCUACACUUGGGGUAAACAUAGCAUAAUGUAUUAUCUUGUCAUAUUACUUAACUUGUAUAUCUGAAAUGUAACAUGUGUCAACUAUACUCCAAGGAGGAAAAAAAAAAAAGGAUGUAUUUUAUAGGUACCCUGUUAGCUGUUAAGGGAUCAGCCAGAAAGAUAGGAAGUGAGGAUUCAAGAAAAUCAGAGUGAGUUUAUAAUAAAGUGACAAGGAAGUUAGGUUUGAAAAUUCAAAUUCUGUUGAGUUCUAAAGGCAAAGAUAUUUCUUAUGUUCUGUAGAAAGUUGGGGUGUGUGUUUCAACAGUUUAGAAAAUUGCGUAUAAAUGUGUGUCUGUGUGAUACAGGUAGCUUCUGAAAGUAAGACCAACAAUCUAUACUUUCAUCUGUAUUUGCACCUAUGACUCAAGAUGGGUUUAGAAGGCCUGAGCCUUGAGGAUCUAUCUACCUACCAGAUAGAUUAUGAUAGGUCUAUCACUAUCUAGAUAUCUAUAGAUUACAUCUAUGGAUAGUGAUAUCUAUAGAUAGUGGUAACAGACUGUGAUAAAGUGAUAGUAAUAAAGACUGAUAACAGUACUUUUUCUUCACUUUAGGCUUCAUUGGAGGGUUUGUUUGUUUUCAAAGAUUUUAUUUAUCUAUUCAUGAGAGACACACAGAGAGAAGCAGAGACAGGCAGAAGGAGAAGCAGGCUCCAUGCAGGGAGCCUGAUGUAGGACUCGAUCCUGGGACUCCAGGAUCACAACCUGAGCCAAAGGCAGAUGCUCAGCCACUGAGCCACUCAGGCAUCCCUUACAUUGGAGGGUAUUUAAUAUGUUUUCAAAUAUUUUAAUCUAAACAGUAGCUCCCAAGAUGGCUGGUUACCUGUUCUGGGUUUCCCUUAGGCCAUCAUUUCAAACACUUUAACUGCUGUCAGAGCUCUGCUGUAUCUCCAUUUUCAAAGCCUCUUCUAUUUUAUUAAAUCUUACCCCCAUGUUUUAAAGAUACUAAAAAUAUUUUUCUCUUGUUCUCUACUUUAAGAUACAUAGAGACCUUAUUUUCUUCAAUUCCUCUCAUCUAGGAGGAAAAAAACCCACUUCUUACAUCCGUUCCCUAGACAUGUUGGAGGACAUGUCUAUUUUACUGAAAUAUAGUAAGUUUUUGUAUAUUUUACUGAAAUAUCAUUUAAAAACUAAUACUUCCAAAGGACCAGUUUUUCUUUUUUUUUACAUCUGCAUCAUAGGAAAUUUCAAACUGAUCAGAUGACUUUUUUUUUUAAUAAAAAUGUAAAAACUCAUCUAACACAAGCUUAAAAUAUACGUCCUUUUUAAAUCUCUGUGUUCUGAAUAUUUAGAGCUAAAACAACCCAAUAAGCCAAGGGUGUGUGUGUGUGUGUGUGUGUGUGUGUGUGUGUGUGUGUUUAAUGGCAUGCUAAAACAAAAGCAGCUUCAGUUUUCUUUUAAAACCUCAAGGCAAACACUCGGUUAAUAGGGACAGACAUUGCUGUUUCACUGGCCUUUUGUGACUGGAUACUGACCUGCAAAGUGAAAAUUAUGAAUCGCCCUCCGAUGGGCUUGAUCUGGCUCCUUGUGCAGGGGUAGAAGAAUCAGAUUCUCCGGGAAUAUCAGUAUUUCUCCUAUACUUCUAUCUAUAUUUACAUUGUCUUUUCUGUUUCUACACAAACAGUUGCAAUUCAGUGAAGCAAGUUCUUGUCAAUAGCAGACAGACAUCCUAAUAACUUAUCCUAAUAACUUAGGUAUGACUUCCUGACACUGUUCAAAAUAGGAAAAGAAAAAUCCUUUUAUUUGUUUUGCCAACAUAAUAUUAUUAUUCAAUGUCAUUAAGGAGCAAGGGUGGGAUUUCUUAAAAUCGGAUAACUUUGGGGCCUUUCGGCUUUGUCAUUGUCCCAUAUAUCCUCUUCUCAGUAAUUUUAAAAUACAAAGUUUGAGGCAGCUGCUCUUCAUAAGAAAAAUAAUAUAAACCAUGCUUACGUGAUAUAUAGCUGGGCUUACAUGGUCAUUACUAAAGAGUCUUUCCAGCCUCUCAGAAGGAAUAAGGCUAAAAUCGCUUCCCUCCACCCUCCUGUUUUAUGUAUAUAGUGUAGCUGAUUGCCAGAAUUUUUGACUAUUUUAUCUAUAAAUAUAAAAUUCAAGCUCUUGAGAAUUAACUAAGUUAAAAUGGUUUAGGAAGAGCUUGCCCCAGAUUGACUAAUUUAUAAACUUUUUCUUCAUAUUAAUUAUCAGGUUUUUUCUCCAGUUUUUAUAUUGAAAAUUAUUUCUGAACCCAUAAAGACUUGUUAAGACAGCAUUCUAGAAUCCCCAAUAUUUAUUGUAGUUGUUAUAGUAACAGUGGAACCUAAGUGUUUUUCAGACAUUAUUCAGCUUUUUAUACCUAGGCAGAAACAAUUUCAGAGGGAAGGUAAACCCAAAGCCCCAGUUUGGGAAUGAGGUUCCAAUUUCCUAAAUCAUUUGUGGUUAUAGUGAUGGAUACCAUCUUGUCUGGCACCUGGUCCACAUCUUUCCCAAACCCUCUAUAAGAGGGAGUAGAGGAGCCUGGGAGACCUCAUCAAGAGCCAGAGAAGGGUCUGAAUGACCUGGAGGGUAGCUCCAAAGCACUAUGUUGCUACAAUUCCUCUUCAGCAGUAGUGUGAUCAAACACUCAUAGGAAAGUCAGAAGAAAGAGCAGAUGUGUAUAGAGGAAGAAAGUUGUGUAGUCGAAAAACAGGGCUGUUACUCUUGAGUUGUGCAGAGAACUGUGUUAACAGUAGAGCUUUGUGCCGUUGCCAGAGUGUGAAAGAGGGAACCUGUGUUACUCUGAGACUCAUCACCUGCCCUGCCUAUGUCUAGCCAGCCAAAGUGAAUGGGGCCAGGCUUAGCUGCCUUCAUCUAUGCAGUCACAAAGGUAAAGAUGAUACUGGCGAGGAUAUUCCCUCCCGGGAGGCCUUGGCCUCACGCCCCAGCAACCUUGGCAAGACUUGCUAAAUAACACCUUUGUCUGGGACAGGGUUAUGCAUCUUCCCCUCUUCUACACCCUCAUGACAAGUCAAGGUGGCUUAAGAUCAAGAAGCAAGGACAAUGAAUGUGGACCAUCCCUCUGAGCAACUCUAAAGUAGGGCCAUGCACACUGCCUUCCUGUAAGUUCUUGCCCCAAUCCCGUUCACUUCCUUGACAUCGCUGUUUCCAAAUAACAUUUUGUGGGGGGUUUUUUGCAUGUUAAACUGAAAGUGCAUGUAAUAGGGAGGAAGCCUACCAUAGAUUUUUAUUUGCGGCAAUAAAGAUAGGUUUUUUGUGUCAGAGAACCUUUUUGAAGAUGUCAUCAUGAAUGCCUUACUUUUCCUUUCUUAGCGCACUGUGACCAAUAGUAUUUUUCCCAAUGGAAAUGUUAGCAGGCAUUUUCCAAGAAAGCAUCCCAGUUUUGCUUCCUAAAUGAGGUGGUCAGACAUAAAUUAGCUGGUAAUGUCAUUUUUUAAAAGGCCUUUCUGAAUGAUGGAUCAUUUGCCUAUGCUGAGAGAUUAUUUGCUUUAUCUUGCUUUUGGUUAUGUGAAAGAAAAUGGUGGAAAUGUUAUUUAUUGGCAGAAAUUAACAAGUCUUUUUUGUGAUCAAGAAAUUAAUUUGUUAAAACUUUCUUAUUGUAAAUUGGAAGUCAUCUUAAAAAAAAAACACUGUUAAAAUUAAAUGAUAACCUUA